GACGGACAGACAGACAGACAGACAGAGAUACAGAUAGACUUUUAGAACUAGUUCUGCCUCCACAAUUAACUCAUAAAAUACACAAUACUUACUUGACUGAUACUUUUUUCAUAUCUAUUUCUCACUUAACCACAUUAGCAUUAGCUACAUGAAAAACCUAAUUAUGACAGUGGCAGUAAUUUAUGGAUUAAAUCUAUAGUCUUUAAGAAUACACUGGCCUAUGGACUUCAUCAUAUGUAUUUCCCAGUGACUUUCACAGAUAGUAUUAAUUACUUAGUAAUUAACUAAUCAGUGUUGAAUACAUGAAUUCAUAAAUGAUAGCAGCAGCCUGGAUGCUUACCCCUGAUAUAAGCAAAGACGGGAAGAUUACAUCCAACGCUAGUCACUGUGUUGCAGCCACAUUUCAGACAAUGUUAGGAGCCUUCUCACUUAUGUGAGUAGGUGCUCUUAGCAUUUCAGAAGUAUGCAGCCUUCUUCCUUCCUUCCCAGCACUUUGGAGUUAGGAAUCUUUGCACUGACUGCAGCCUACUACAAGAACAAGCUUCUUUGACUCAGAUUGAGAGAAACACAGGUUUGUACCCAGUUCUAUGGGUUCCAAGAUAAAUAUUUAAAAGGCUAUUUGAAAAAAAAAAUGACCAUUUAGCGAAAUAACCAUAGCAAGUUCUAAGGCAGGCGCUUUGACCUCUACCAUGGGAUUUUGACUGGAUUACAGUAUCAAUAUGAGAUCUUCCUCUGCAGAGCAAGGCAGAAGUCGGUUUCCCUGCAAUGACAAUGCCACUGUCUCGUGGGCGCACACAUCCUGUCGGUCAGGUUGGUAGGCAUGACAGCAUGCAGGGGUCAGAUCUGGUUAAGACCAUUGAUAUCUUUUCUCCCUUGGCUGCUUGCUUAGCAUCUCCCAGCAUCAUGAAAGGUGCAGCACCAGAAAGAACUUUCCUACUCAGUAGGACUGUGUCCUGCAGGCAGACUUUGUGGUGUCUUUAGGGAAAGGAUCUUACUACAAUUAUGGUGGAUAAUCUUGAGCAAUGGUAGCAGCCUUGGAGACUUUUAUGGCCUCCCUGGCCAGUAGCUCCUAAGUGGGCAUCCCAUGCCUGGCACUGCAAGUUUUGCUUAAUAGCCCAUGUCUCCUGGGAGUGGUACUGUCAUCCAUGCAAGGUACCUCCCUGUGGACACAUUUUUUUAAAAGUUGUAUUCUGAACUUAGCUUAGUAACUAGUGAGUUUUCCGGAACACUUUCUUGUAUAUCUUUAACUUACAUUAGCACAUCCUCUACCUUCUCCUGUGCCUGCUCCCAACCCCAAUCUUUCCCAACCUCCCAUUCCCCAGCAAGACCCAAGGAACAUCUUAGGAGAGGAGACAAAGGCACGUUAAGAGCUAUCGGAUAAGGAUGCAUGUUGAGAAAUGCCAAGUUGUAGACAUGGCAAGGUUACAGCGCCCAUGACCCCACAGCAGCCAUGGUUGCCUAGGCAAGAUCUACUCCAUCCCAAGCAGGUCAAAAUUCCCACAAAAAUAGGAUAGGUAACCUGCAGGCCUUACCACUUGCCCAGCAACAAGGGCAAAGAAAGGAAACUUUCUGGGUAUUUUCAUCGCUCUCGUUUUACAAGAGGAGACACUGAGGUGCUCCAAUAGAAUAGAGUCGUUUAGACUUUGGGGUUAGUGUGAAGUCCCUGUCCUGGUACCAGGCUGUAUUGCAGGUAGGCUGUAAGAUAUACUCAUUUUCUUCAACUAUAAAGUGUCUCUGUGUCCCAUUAAUUAUCCCUCAGACAGUUAUAAUCCAAUGCUGGGUAAUCCUUAUACACGAGGCCUCAGUAAAAGGGGCAAAAUAAUUACAAACCACUGCUGAAUGAAGUCUGCGCUAGACUGUCAGGGUCACAGCUUGUCUUGAGAUAUUUGUCAGGUGCACACUGGGUCCUGCUCCAGAAGGAUGAAAACAAAGGGGACUUGAAGUACAGAAAGAAUACACAGCAACGUGAUUCAUGGGGAGGGUAGAGGAUGUUUAAACUGCUAUUUUACAAUUUAGCAAAUGUACUCGAGUAAAUAUCAAAAAGAAGAAAGGAAUUUUUUCUUCUGUGCCUUCCUGGGGUGAGGAAGCCUCUCUUUCACCCUUACUUAAUGAAACGAAGCCAGUUGAUGCCUCUAACUCUUCUUUCGUCUAAUCUCAUUAAUGCAGUCUGUUGGGAUUCUGGUUGUGGGAUAACAUAGGGGCAGUCCUCAGACCUCAAGUGAAACGGGGAGAUAUUUUUCAGUCAGGCUUUUCACUGCUCCGUCAGAAUGUGUGAGAACCAGCCCAAAACUAAAGCUGACGGCACUGGUGAGUUGCGCUUUUUCUUCUGUCUGCUGACAUUUAGCAAUGUAAACCAUUCUUGGACGAGAACGCAGGCAGUUAAAGGAUCGAAGCAAAAUGAAGCAAUAGCGGUGUGGGGACAAUACAUUGUUUCUGAUUUGGGAGUGUAUUGAAUAAAUCAGUCUCCAUAGCCUAAGUUUACACUAGAAAAGAUGCUGAUACGAAAUAUUGUUAUGUGCUGAGGUGAAAUACUAUAAACACUGUCUGGCCUUAAAUAGAGUAUUUUCAUGUGCCGCAUCAUGUUGACGAUAUAUUGACAAUAUAAACAUCCUUGGUGUAUUUUUUUUUAGCUUUGUUUGUCUGUUACAUUGCUACAGUUAUUAUUGUAGUUACUUGAUUUUUCUAACUGUUUUAAAAGUCAAUUUUGUAUUCUAUGUAGAAAUGUAUCAUGUAUAAGAAAUCCUUUUAUUAAUGGCUUUGUCUAAGGGUGAUGAAUUAUGGGGCUUGGGGAUUUGUUUUUUACUUCUAAUUUCUUUAGUAAGUUGGGACAUGUUUCUCUAAGCAUAUUAUUUCACAAAUGGACAGGUCUACGUAUCUGUUCUGAAAAUAUUUCAAGGUAAACAUGACACAUUGCUAUUUUUACUAGCAUUAAAUAGCCAUAAACAGCAGUUGAAAAUGUUAUAAAAGAAACAAUUGUUCAAAUAACUUUAAAAAGCAGCUGUUUCUAGACACUUACUAAUUAAACUAAAUCUACAUGUAUACAUCAAACUCAAAACUUAGUCUUCUCACAGUCCUCAGGGUCUCUGGGUACUUAUAUUUUAAAGGAGCAUACACAGUGUGUCCGUCUUAACUUACCACAUUCAAAUCCUGUGUCCUUAAGGACUAGACUGGUGAACUAAGUCCUGACCAAUGGAUUUCAGUUCUGACAUCAAUGGAGUGUUUAAACAACUAUUUAUCCUUACUAACAGAAUUAUUGAGGAUAAUGUUGCUAUUGUUGUUUGUAAAUUCAUAGCAGUGGACAUAUUAACGUCUAUUACUUAAUCCUCUUUAGUUCUGAAUCAAUUAACAGCAACUCACAAGUAAAUAUGUAGGUUUCUUUCUAAUUAUAUGUUUUAAAACAUAUAGCUAUCUUUUAGAGGUACCUGCCUACACACACACACACACACACACACACACACACACACACACACACACCUUGUAUAGUGAAGCAUGCGAACUAACAUGCUUUUACAUUUUGAAAAGCAAACUACAUUUCUUUUCUUUUUUUUUUUAAUUUUUUGUGGACCUACAGGAUAUAUUCUAAAUUAAAGGUGAAACUUUAAGAAGAUCAGUCUUUCUCUAGAACACUUGGUAUUCUGCUCAGCAAUUUCUAGAUUUCACCAAUUUCUUUUCUAAUAUUUCCCCCCAGAGACAAAAAUACCUACCCUGCUUUAAAAACAAUUUAAAAUCUCUAAACAAAUGGAAAAAGAAAAAGCCAAACUUCUUCCUACCAAUUCAAUCCACCACACUAUAACAUGCAAAUACCUUGGUACAAACGAAUAGAGUAAGAAACACCAGCAGCGCUGGUGGGAGUGGGGGGGGGCAAUUCUCUGUUCAGACGUGAUUUUUACACUGGCAAGCGUGGCUGGAAAUGUUCCCCUUGUGGGAAAAAGGAGGAAGAGUUCAAAGGGAGGAAAUCCAUUAGGGCAGAAUUUGAAAAUAACAUCCGCUCUUACUAUUUUUGUGACAAUGAAGCAGAGCGGUGUCACUGCAGGGAAGAAGGCAUGGUCAUCUUGUUCAGGCAGCGCCAGCUUACAUAAACAUAGAGUAAAGCUGUUGUGGAUUAUGUGAGCAUGCUGGAUCUGAUGAGCUCAAAAAUAAGAUAGCUCGGUCCUAUCAUAUUUAGGAUUAUGCUGGUAAUCGCCUUAGAGAAAGUGUGCAGUAUCAGCAGAACAGCCCCUUCCGUCUUUGAAGGGGACAGCAUUGACUCCAACUGUGUUGGGCAACAGGCCUUUGUGACAUUUAGCAUAGAGUAAAACCGUAAGACACAACUUCUGGAGUUGCGUCUUGUGUGAUCAUUUGACCCCUGAAAUAGUUUCUGAUGCUGUGUGCACACAGCAAAACUUCCCACUGGGUCCUCUCUCCCUUUGUUGAAGGCCACUCAUCUAACAGUCGACGGAAUCCAAGUAGGAUGACUUCUAGCCUCUGAACUAUUUUUGUCAUUAGAGAUGACAAGAAUCAGGGUUCACUUCAACUCUGUGAUUCCCCUCCAUUUAGAGUCAUUGUUAAGAAGUUAGUAGCUGGCCAGCAAGUUUCCUACAACAUCGACAUCAUGACAGCAUAAUUCUCAAUGGAAGAGUUUGCAGUCGUUUUGCUAAUGUGGCAUUCACGUUGGAAAUGAUCAAAGCUCUUGUAGAUGAUACAAAAUAUAAAACCUUAAGAUUUGAGUUUUGUGUAAAGAUCAUUAGUAUUAAAUUCUUCAUUCUUUCUCCCUUUCCCUCUCCCACUCUUGUCCUGUCUCCCACCCACCCUACCGCUGCCACUUAAUUAAUGAUCAAAAGUGCAAAUCCCAUGGCUAUAUCUUCAGUUUUAUAUUAAGCAUGUUCCUAUAUCUUUAUAUUUUUGAAGUAUUCCCCGCCUUUGACUUUCAUUUUCAUACAUACUUUUUUUUAAGUGUCUUAACAUGUAUACCCGCUUGGCAUGAAUUUUCUACCUCCACUUCCUGAGCACUGGUAUUACAUGGGUAUAGCAUAUGCCUGCCUCUCAAGUGAUCCUGAAAGCCACAUAGGAUAGGAGCUACAUCCUAAAACACAGCAAAUAAUAAAAUAUAAUGUUGAAUCACAUGAAAUUCCCAAUAUCAAUUCACCUUUUCACAAAAAGUAGUAAUUUGAUGUGAAUCAACUCAGUGCAUGCUGAUCUACCACAGAUCAAGGAAUGCAUAUUAAUAAAUCUAGAAACAUCUUACUAUUUGCUUUGCACUUAACCCCAUUAAAAGGGCCCCUAAAAUAAAUUUACUUAAUCUGGAAAUUGAGUAAUUGGAUUUUCCUCUUUCAUUCUCUGGCUACCAGCUAAAGUUUUUCCUAUCCCCAUACAUGUAUUUCUUAAAAUUCCAUUCCUUCCCAAGGUCUGGCUCAAAGCCAGCUCAACUGUCAGGCUUCAUGGCUUCACUAAGUUCUCAUUUUUCCUCCUCCAGACUCAUCUGCCUGCUCUUUGCACAGGUUUUUGGCAUGUGUGGCUGUGCAAUCAGAAUAUUCCCUUUGAAGAAUAAAACUUGGUUUUGUGUGUAUCUGUGGCAUCAAACAAACUUAAGUGGCUAAAUUACUUCUGGGUACAGUGUAAAAACGAGAACACAUUCAUGUCUGUGCACACAAUACUCCAAGCUUGUGUCUAUGGCUGAUUUUUAUUUAUUUAUUUUUACUGUGUAGUUUUGAAUUUUCCAGAGGGGUAGCUGGAAGCAUGCUGGCUUCUUUCGCUUAACAUUAUGCAGUGAGGUCUUCCAUGACAAUGCCACUCAUAGUUUAGGAGUUCUUUCACCAUGCCAAAUGGUAUUCCACUAUACCAGUAUCACAUGCCCAUCCAUUCAGCUUUUAAAAUGAAUCUUGAUUGUAUCCCAUUUGGGGAGAAUAUGGAGAAACCUCCAUGUGCAUGCUCUGUGUGGACAUGGGUUAUAACUCGGCUACCAAAUGUCAAGGAGCAUAGUUGCUGCUAAGGCUCCCUUUGACGGUGUAAAACUUGCCCCACUGCCCUCAAAGUGGCUUUAAUACCUUACCUUCCCAACAAGAACUGAGCAUCUAUUUGCUCAGCUCCUCUCCAGCUUUCGGCAUAGUUCUUGGUUUUUCAAGUAUAGCCUUCCUGAUAGGUGAUUUGCAGAUCAGCAAUGCAUAGGAAGCAUGGCAUCUUGUAAUUGUUUUGUCCUUUUGAAAGCAGAUCUUCAGCUCUUUGGCCAACUAGCCUUCAAUUUUAGGAGUCGUUUGUAUGUUGCAAGCAUAGGCCCAUUAUUGGACAUGUGUUUUAUAAUAUUCCCUCCAAUUCUGCAACUUUUACAUCUUCAUUAUCUCAGUGCACUUUGGUUUUUAGCACAACAAGCAAUCUCUUUACUGAUUAGACCAUGUCUCCAGGUCCUAGGAUACAUCUUCAAAGAUCACGAUCAAAUACAACUCUGGGACUAUAGGGUUUAUUUGGUUAUGGUGACUUCCUAAUCACAGUUGAUCCCCGUGGAAAGUCAGGGCAGGAACUCAAGGUAGGAAAUGAACCUGAAGUCAAAACCAAAGCAGAGGAAUGGAGGAGAGCUGCUUACUGCCUGGCUCUUUAUGGCUUACCCAGCCUCCUUUCUUAUAGAACCCAGGACCGCUUGCCCAAGCAGGGCACCAUCCACAAUGAACUGGGCCCUCCCACAUCAAUAAUUGAGAAAAUGUUCCACUCAUUUAACUACAUGUACUCUCUUAGAGGCAUUUACUCGGUUGUGUUUUCUCUUCCCAGAUAACUCUAACUUAUGUCAAGUUGAUUAAAAAAAAAAAAAAAACAUUGCUUGACUUAACAAUUUCCAUCAAAAAACAAUCUUUGUUCAAUUCUAUUUUUAAAAUAGGCAAACUGUAUUUAAAAACAAAUCCUCAAGGCAUAGAUAGAUAGAUAGAUAGAUAGAUAGAUAGAUAGACAGACAGAUAGAUAGGCAGGCAGAUAAUCUAGAAAAACAAGAACUUAGAUGAAGAUGGGUAAAUUGGUAAAGUGUUUGUUGCAUGAGGAUAAAGACCUGGGUUCAAGCCUUGGAAUCCACAUAGAAAGCUAGGCAUGGUGGUGUGUGCUUUGUAAUCCAGUGCUGGGGGCAGGGGACAGUGGCUGAGCAUCCCUGGGGCUCACUGACAAGCUAUUCUGGUCAAAGCAAAAGCUCCAGGCAAACAAAUGAGAGACCCUGUCUCAAGACAAAAGUAGGCAGUUCAGACAACACUUGAGUCUUAUCUCUGCCUGCCACAUACAUGUACAAACAUGCACAUGUACACAUACCACUCUUUACACUCAAAAGAACUAACAUUUAAAAAAAAAUGAAAACCCGAGGAGAGAAUAAAAUGUGAAUUUUAAAAUACCCUCAAAAAUCAACUUUAAGAAAACUGAUUUGUACUCAGUAUCCAGAAACUGGCAUCUAUGCCACAACCUGGAGAACAAGUCAGAGAAAGGAUGGAGCCACUCCCCAAGCAGUGCUAGGACAUAGAGAAAAAGCAGAGCAGAUCUGUCUACAAAGGGAACAUUGCAGUGACCUGUGUAAAACGCAGCAACAUAAGAUGUUCCUGGUGUGUGCUGGAUUCUCUUCCCCAGACACCAUCAAUUAGUGACCAGGUUUGUGAGGUCUUUUACAGGGGAGGGGGGUUCUAAAGCUCCAGCUCUCCUACUGCCCUUACAAACAAAGGGUGACGUAUAGAAAGCAAAAGCAGGGAAUGGUUUUUCCAGAAUCUUGUGAACAUUUUUAUCUCAGCACCAGUGAAAUCAGAGAUCCAUCCAUUCUCGGAGUAGCUACAGCUGUGUACCCUUGGCAUCGCAGGACAAUGCUUUUUGAGCUUGAAUAGUGCCAUGGGAGCUUGUUACAAGCCAGAUUUCAUAUCAGCUGAGCUUGUGAGAAUAUUCACAUUUAAACUUGUUCCCCAGUUAUGCCAAAGCCCCUGGUCCAUGGGCUUCCCUGAGUGAAUACAAAAGACAUCAAGUCCACUUGAAUAAUAUACCUACACAUGUCUUAUAAAAUGUGAAGACACUGACAGGACAAGAAGUGUUAACUAGGAAUUAAUUCACAAGUUAGGAUCUUGGCACUACUAGAACACAUAGAAGUGUUUAAAAGUACAACAUUGAACUUGUAUUUAAAACAAUCCUCCACGUUUAUCCAAAUACUCCCAAGCUUUCAGUGGACACUACAAACCAUGGCUACUACCAAACACUAUAUUUAUUGUAUUUUCCUACAAAUGCAAACCCAAUGUUAAUUCUUUUACUCAUCAUUAAGACCAAAUACAUAGCAUAAAGAGCUCAAGGAAAGAAAUAUGUAUUUGGGUUCAUAUUUUCCUAGAACCUCAGUGCAGUGAAGCCAUGGUAGUGACAGGUGACCCCAUCCUAGCAGGUUUGAAAGGCAGUUACUUGUUAUCUCAUAAUGACCAGAACACAGAGAGCUCACGCUGGAACCAAGACCAAUCUAUAGCCCAUAAAUCCUGGCUCUGCUCUCCACUUCCUCCAGAUAGGCCAUACCUCUGAAAAUUUCAGUGUCCCAUUAGCUGAAGACCAAGUAUUCCGACAUGUAAGCCCCUGAGGACAUUUCAAAUAACAAUAUCUACAAAGGAGCUUAAUCAAUAAGUUAGGUGUCAUAAGAUAUUUACUACAACUCAUAGUAAAAGUAGAAUGUAUAUCAUAUGCACAUAUUCUGACAAUUGAUCUGACAAUCAAGACAGAUACUGUAUGGCUGACAGGUAUGUAGCAUAUACAGUGUGGCUAUACUGGGCAAAGAGAUUUCUUUUUCUUUUUCACAAUAGCAUGGGACAGUACCAGAUUUUACCUUUCUACUCAGGCACUGUGCGAUUGGAAACUUUCAACUGUAUAUUUCUAGAGCUUUCCACUUAAUAUUUUCAUAUUGUGGUUGUCCUUGGGUAGCUUAAACAAUGAUAACUGCAUUGUGGGUAAGAGGCAAUUUCUGAAAUUGUUUUUAUUCUUCUAUGCUAGUUGCUAUUUGUGGGUUCAAUUUUUCUAUUGUUUCUGUUCUCAAGAGCAAGCAUAGCACGCAGCACUCUGUGGGCAAUUACACGAAGAUCCAUCAAAGCACAAAUUGAAGUGAUACCAUGCAAAAUUUGUGGCGAUAAAUCCUCCGGGAUCCACUACGGAGUCAUCACGUGUGAAGGCUGCAAGGGAUUCUUCAGGAGGAGCCAGCAGAACAAUGCCUCUUACUCCUGCCCAAGGCAGAGAAACUGUUUAAUUGACAGAACCAACAGGAACCGUUGCCAACACUGCCGCCUGCAGAAGUGUCUUGCCCUAGGAAUGUCAAGAGAUGCUGUAAAGUUCGGGAGGAUGUCCAAGAAGCAGCGGGACAGCCUGUAUGCUGAGGUGCAGAAGCAUCAGCAAAGGCUGCAGGAGCAGCGGCAGCAGCAGAGUGGGGAGGCGGAGGCCCUCGCCAGGGUGUACAGCAGCAGCAUUAGCAAUGGCCUCAGCAACCUGAACACCGAGACCGGCGGCACAUACGCCAACGGGCACGUCAUUGACCUGCCCAAGUCCGAAGGUUAUUACAGCAUAGAUUCCGGUCAGCCGUCUCCCGAUCAGUCAGGACUGGACAUGACUGGGAUCAAACAGAUAAAGCAAGAACCUAUCUAUGACCUCACAUCUGUACCCAACUUGUUUACCUAUAGCUCUUUCAACAACGGGCAGUUAGCUCCCGGGAUAACAAUGUCUGAGAUCGAUCGAAUUGCACAGAACAUCAUUAAGUCCCAUUUGGAGACAUGUCAGUACACCAUGGAAGAACUCCAUCAGCUGGCAUGGCAGACCCACACCUACGAGGAAAUCAAGGCGUAUCAAAGCAAGUCCAGGGAGGCUCUGUGGCAGCAGUGUGCCAUCCAGAUCACCCAUGCUAUCCAGUACGUGGUGGAGUUCGCCAAGCGGAUAACAGGCUUCAUGGAGCUGUGUCAGAACGAUCAGAUCUUACUUCUGAAGUCAGGUUGCUUGGAAGUGGUUUUAGUGAGAAUGUGUCGUGCCUUCAACCCAUUAAACAACACUGUUCUGUUUGAAGGAAAAUAUGGAGGAAUGCAAAUGUUCAAAGCCUUAGGUUCGGAUGACCUAGUGAAUGAAGCAUUUGACUUUGCGAAGAAUCUGUGUUCCUUGCAGCUGACUGAGGAAGAGAUUGCUCUGUUCUCCUCUGCUGUUCUGAUAUCCCCAGACCGAGCCUGGCUGAUCGAACCAAGAAAAGUCCAGAAGCUUCAGGAAAAGAUUUAUUUUGCACUGCAACAUGUGAUUCAGAAGAACCACCUGGAUGAUGAGACCCUGGCAAAGUUAAUAGCCAAGAUACCAACUAUCACGGCAGUCUGCAACUUGCAUGGGGAGAAGCUGCAGGUAUUUAAGCAGUCUCAUCCAGACAUAGUGAAUACACUGUUUCCUCCAUUGUACAAGGAGCUCUUUAAUCCUGACUGUGCUGCGGUCUGCAAAUGAAGGGGACGAGAACUCUCAGAGUCAUGGAAUGCAUCGCCGUUAAGACAAAAGCAAUGUGUUCAUGGGGACUUAAGGAAAAUGUCACUACUGCAACAUUAGGAAUGUCCUGCACUUAAUAGAAAUAUUUUUCACCGCUACAGUUUGAAGAAUGUAAAUAUGCACCUGAGUGGGGCUCUUUUGUUUGUUCGUUUGUUGUUUGUUUGUUUUUGAAAUGAUCAUAAAUAUACAAAUAUAGGACACUGGGUGUUAUCUUUUUUAAUUUUAUUCGGGUAUGUUUUGGAGACAACUGUUUAUAGAAUUUUAUUGUAGAUAUAUACACAAACAGAGCCGUACUUUCCAUGAUUACUCUUCCCGUUGAUUGAUUGUUCGACUCUAAUUUAAGACGAUUCCACUUACUAGGCUUUACCUAUUUCUAUGUUUUUAGGUAGUUGAUGCAUGUGCAAAUUCGUAACUAACUGUCUUGGAAAGUACUGUGCAUGUAUGUAAUGAGUAUAUAAUAUGUAAGAGUAUUAUAUAUGACUAUUACGUAUUCAUGCACUGUGGCUUAAAAUACCAUGCCCACUAGCAAUGGAGGUUCAGUCAGGCUUUCAUGUGAUUUGCUGUUGUUAUAUGUUACUUUUAUGUUAGACAAUCAGGGUUUUCAUUUCCAGCCAGAGUUUUUAUCCAUCCAUAACAACAUGAUAGGACCCAUGCAAAAGGAAAUCUACAAAAGAAUCGGGGUAACACAUAAUUGUUCUUUUAAAAGCUCCAUUUCUAUCAAUUACUUCAAAGCCCCAUCAAGAUGGCACAUACCGGGAAGAGGGGAAGCCAAAAGGAUUUGAAGCCACUUUCCUGUUUUAUAGACCAGAUAAUGAUAUUGUCUAUUUAUUACCAUAUUACAAAAUAUUGAGGUUCCUCCACAUUGGAUUUGGAAUCCAAUUCUGAAUGAAACUUCACUUUGGUGGUUAUAAUUUCUUCAAGACAACAAAAAAUUCAGUCUAUAGAUUAUCACCACCAUCAACGUUUUUAGAAAUAUUUGACUAGAAGUAUAAAACAAGUUCCUUGUACCCAUUUUGUGUAGAUAUUUUCUAACCAUUUUCCCAACAAAAAAAGAGAAAUAGAGCAUACAAAGUUAAGAAGUAAAUUCACUAAAUUAUACUCAUGGUAAUUUGUUAGAAAUGAGAAAAUAGGCGGGAGCCUGUUUUUUCAACUUCAAAAUGCUAUAUUAUAAAAUAUAGAAAAAAUUCAGAUUAGAAAACAGUAAAUCUUUUGUCUAUGGGACUAAUAUAUCCCAAUGCCAAAAUUCUAUCCUACACAGUUAUAAAUGACAUCCUCUAUUCAAACUGGUUAUUUUUUAGCCACUAAAAUGUAUAGAAUGGAACGGCAACCUAUACAGGUUCUUCACCUACUUUCCUACAAAAUUAAGCACCAGAAAGGCAUGAGUUAGAAGCUAUUUGUUCUCUCUGUUCCUGGAAGGCCUAGGUCUUUAGUAUGAACUAGUCUAAGCCACACACACGCACGAACAUGCACACAGAUGACACAGCCACCCACAGACACACACACAUACACACACACACACACACACACACACACACACACACCGCUUUGUAGAAACUUGGGUCUUUUGGUUUGGGUUUCUGGGUUUGUUUGUUUGUUUUUUCUUUUCUUUUCUUUUCUUUUCUUUUCUUUUCUUUUCUUUUUUUUUUUUUUUUUUUUUUUUUUUUUUUUUUUUUUUUUUUUUUUGAGUCAUUUUUAGUCCCUUAUGCUCUCUCAAAGUUCUGGAUUGAGAGUCAUCUUCAGGAUGCCUCAGAACUCCAGUGGAUGAUCAGAGCACAGUAGUGUUAGUCUUGCCUUUCAGAAAACAGGGGCCUUUCUCACCUCAUGAUUGAUGAAUUCCAAGCCAUUGGGGGAAAACAAAAAGACUUUAAAAUAAUGAAUCUCUUUUUCAACCACUGUUAUAUUCAAUUAAUUUAACUACAUUGAACCAAAUUACCUUUGGUUCUGAGAAGACAGCUGUAGACUGCUUAUUAUGCUGCUACAGGGACUCAGUUCUUUUUGGUGUAAAUGUCACUCCUGCUAGCUCUUUGUAUAAAGAAUUAAUUCCAAGAGUCAUAUUUCCUUCUAAUGGAAAGAUUACUUUACUGAUUGCUAGGAAAACAGGGUAAUGGAAGGCACUCAAUUAAACCAAGCCGUUUCCAAAUGCGAUAUAUGUUUUAUGAUUGGCUUGUGAUAGGAAAUGCUUACUGUGUCUACUUGAUGUUCCCCUUUGAGCUUUGAACUCAUGUCAAACUUUGUUUUCAUUGUUCUGUUGGCCCAGUGUUUCCCAUUGUCAGCCUGAAGAUCCCACUGGGCUGCAAAGGGGAAUCAUUUGUUGUCUUCAGUUUACCUUGGAGGAUUUACAUCAGCUCAAUUGAUGAAGUAGCUAAGAAUUUUUUUCCUCCCUUGCCCCAUGGGUGGUGUAGGAAAGAGAUUGUUCCCCACAUUUGCCUCAGGAGAUACUGGUUUUGAAAUUGUGUCAUUUCCACUAGCCCUAGCCUUUCAUUGGGAUGGCAUGAACCUUUUGAAGCAGAGGGACAGGAAACAGAGCUAGGAACUGAACCAGAACCAAACAGUGGUAACUAGGACCGGCUCAGCCCACUUUCCACCCAGAGGAGAGAGCUCCAGUUUUGGCUUCAGUUGCCGAGUUUUCCCUUUAAAGAGAAGUCAUGUUUUUAACGGUAAGGAAGCCUUUAAACACUGCCCUUUGAACAUCUCAGUUGACUACAUGAAAUUUCAGUAAAAAACAAAAACAAAACCAAACAACAACAAAAACUCUCUUUACCACACACAGUCUCAGCAAGCUGUUCCUUUUCCUGAGAAUGGGCCAAUGUUCAGAAUGUGCUAGGAUGAGGUGAACAUUGGAAGAAGGAACUGGGCUCUGAAGUCUCCUUUAAACCUCAAGGAUGACAAUCACUGCUUGAUGCAGAUGUUGCACUGAAUCUGCUCAGGGAUGCUUCAUUUAAAAAAAAAAAAAGUGCGUCGAGAAGGGGGAGGGGCAAAACAGGAAACUGAAAACAAAAUGUAAAUGCCAUAAAUUGAACAGGUCAGCGAGAGACCCUCCCUGACAGGCUUCAGAGAGGCCACAGUGGCUUAAGGCAGAAAAUUGAAUGAACUUCUUUUUCUUCUUUGAACCUGCCUAGAAGUUCUACCCAAGUAGAGACAUUAGUUCCCUUCUCUAGAAUGAGCAAGGAACAAGAUAACAAGACUGCCCCCCCCCCCCCACAUAUCUCCCAAUUAAUCCAGGCUUCCUGUGUAAAUCCUUAGCAAAGGAAAUACAGGGUCUGAUCUAAGGGUCAGAGGUCAGAGCUGAUAGGCAAUUGAGCAAAACAAACGCUGUGCCUCUGUACUCUGUAGAAAGAAAGACAAAUCUUGAAUAAAAAUGAAUAAUUUCAAAUCUUGGUUGGCAGUUACAAAUGGCCACAUUGUCUGUGAAUUGGUCUAUCUUUGUGGAACAUUUUUCUGGGGCUCUUUUUUUUUCCUGAUAGUACAUUGAGGGUCAGGAUAGACUUUCCAAACACACUCUGCAUUUUCUUUGUUUUAUUUCUUUCUUCAAGGCUCUGGGCUAAAAGACCUCCAAGUAAAAAAGCAGAGAAUACUGUGGUCUUAGGCGAUUAGAUUCCCCUGGCAGCAGCUGGAAGACUCUGCAUUGUACCCAACUGAGUAUUAAUGGUAGGCAUCAGGGGCCAUCAGUGCAUUUAUAUCAUGGCUGCCUUAUCAAUCAAGCAGGUUACAUCCCAGCAGACAAGCUGAGCUAUUUGUAGAAAGCCUUGCAGAUGGAUGGCCAACUCUUACUGCCUCUUCAUAGUACUAUGUGUAAGGGGGCUCAAAUUCUAAAAUCCAAUACAUGGGUCCUAAGGACAACCAAAAAUUUUACUUGCCUCUCCCCCAUAAACACCAGAAAUGAGUAAUGACGGUGUAAGUCCACAUCCUGUUUAUUCCACAAACAGGAAAUUUUUGAGUGCUGGCAAAUCAUUUUUCCUGGCUUUUGUUUGGUUGGUUUUUUUUUUUUUAUUUUAGGGGGUUUUUCUUGCCCAUAUUCACUUUUGUUUCUAAUAAAAUUACCACAAAGGGCAGUAGGUUCAGGCAAGAAUGUCUCUACUCUGACAAACACCAUUCUGUAGUUAGCAGUAGUUCCUAAGCACACAUCUGAAGGGAAACUUCUGCCGAGUCUCCUUAUAAAGAGGCAAGAAGGAAACACUACCAUGUAGAUGAAGUGCUAUUUGAUGUUCUAUAUUUGCAACUGCUGGUGCAUGUGUAGCCAGAAGAAAAACCUGGUGUGGAAAGUCAUGGAGUCUUUUCACAAAAAGCUGGUUACCUAUUUUUCUUUUUAAGGGGAGUAUGUUUUAGAACCAGAGGUGCCUGCCUAUUUGAAUCAACACAAAACCCCCAAAAAUGUCAAGGCAUGGAUGCAAAUAGUGCUGUGGAGCUCGGUUAAGUUAGCCGGGAAAUGCCCCACCUACAAUAGGGCAACCAACAUUUGGCCAAGGCCUCAUGCCCACAGUGCUUCUGUAUUAUGGGGGCAGACUCGUUUGUAAACGAUGAAAGUUGUCUGUGAGUAUAGUACACACCAAACACAUCCCCGGGCAGAAGAGGGCCAUAGGCAGCCAUCUUGCCUCCUCUUGUUGGUAUUAAAAACCACAUCUAGAAGUCUAUUGGGUUAGAGCCAGUCAGGCCAGGUUUGAUAGAGGGUGACACUGGGAUGCUGGCGCACAGUGGGUGAGAGAAGAGAUACUGCUGUUCUCCCUCUCGAUCUAGUUUCCAUAUUUUCCUAUCACUACUCAAAGAUAUAAUGACAGGUGGCUUGAACAAAGUAGCAAUCGAAAGAUAAAGGCGAAUCCACUGAAUGAUGGCUUACAAAAGACACUUGCAUGUGUCCCACCGAGCUCCACUGUGGAAGCGCCAAAGGGAACUAGAUGUCUUGUCCAUUUUUUUUUUCCUCUGAAAGUCAGAUAUAUAACUUUCAUGUUUUUGAGCCUGUAUAUGUGUCCUUAAAUGUAUGGCUUCAAAUCUGUGACACUUUCUCCCUUUCUCUUAAUUGUACCUUUCUGAGCAAUUUAUUCUGUCACCAAGAUCGCCUCGCCCCACCCCCCUCUUGUUCUGAAGUGCAGGUCACAGGUCACUGGUUCCUACACAGCAGGUGGGACUGUCUGUCUGUGCACUUUUUUCCUAAGCUGCUGAAAUUCCUCCGAGAUCAACUAGUCACAGCAACCGAUGCUUCCUGCCUGACCAAAGCACAACGACAGUGGAUCAGAGAAACCAGGCCAGUGGUUGUUCUCAUAGCCAAAACUAAAGCACAAAGAUUACUGGAAUUAAACAAGUCCAUCUACCCAACUAUGGGAAAUGCAGGUGUCUGCGCCCCUAUUGACAGCAUGAGGCUCGUAGUAUCGCUUAUACACUCGCUGUGGCUAGUGGUGGGCGCUCCCAUGUCACCAGCACAGCCGUACAUAGACACUCAUGAAGAAUGUCUGAAAUCCACAAGCCCCACAGCACCAUUCGCUUCUUCCCAUUAACACACACCCAAGAAUGAAAAUCACACACACAGAAAACUGAGUAUGUAUUGUAGAAAUGUAGAGGAAAAAUAAAAAAAAAUAUUUUUUCAAAUGUAAUUACUUUUAAUAUAUGCUUGUGGAAGGUCUAAUACAAUGUAUGCUGUCUCCAUACUUUUUGCUGUAAAUAACUGGAGACAGUGGAUACACUGGUUUUUCUAUGUCUCUGUUUAAGCAUAAGACUUUGUAACAAUUUUUUAGAGGGGUUAAACAACAAAGGUAAAUAUGUACUCGCUCCCUUUCUGAGUGUUAAUGUACCUCUCGGUUUUUAAGCGGGAAAUGGUUGUAAUGGUUUAAGCAUCUGGAUGGGUUGUCAAUGUUACUUGUACACUUACUUCUCUUUGUAGUACAACUAAGAAAGGGACAGGGCUAUCAAUCAACCACUCCAAAGAAUUUGUAUUGAAGAUUGGCCUAAGACCUGCAAACACCAUCUAAACUAGACAGUGUGAAAAUAGGAACAUGUAGAAAGAAAACUGUUGUCUAAGGGAAGUCGUCUUUCCUCAUAGCGAAUGGCUCUGUCCAAGCCCAUUCUACACGGAAGAGCUUAAGGAAAACAAACCCUGCUUUCUGAUGAACAAAAUAUUUUUGUACAUGUUUAUUUCUUAUGAAUAACUUGAGGUCAGACCACUCAUUUGCUGAAGCCAUAACUGACCUCCACCAAAUAAAUGCAGUAAAGAAGCUGGGGAGGGGUGGGGAGAAACUGAGAGGUAGAAAAGUCUGAGGGUGAAGAUAGCAACCGAGGGAAGAGCAGGGCUGGUCUGGUGAAACUGGCGCUUUUUUCCCUGCAUCCCAAAUAUGACUUUAAAAGGCUAGUAUUUUAUGAUGACCGAUUUAUAAAAUAAUAAUAAAAAAGAUAUUUAGUUAAAUGAGACUUUCCAAUAUUUUUUAAAUCCCUGACAAUGCUUCCUUGCUUUUAGGAUUGAGAUAAAAAUAAUUUUCCCUAUACUUCCAAUGUUCUGAGGUUUAAUGCUUCUGCCGUAGCUCCAGCCUACAGUGCAAGGUGCAGAGCCGCUGAGUCCAGAGGUUGAAGCCAUGGACUGGCUGGGGCGUGGCUGUUCCUACUCCCCAGCUGAACCAGGAGGAGCAUCAUGGAAGGUACAGCUUGCUCCUCCUUAGCAUGCACACCACUGUGGCGGCAGGCCGAUGUUGCAUUGCCACAAGUAUGUAAAAUAAAAGCAUUCAUUCAGAAAAGCUAAGUAUACUUUUUCAAAAGAGCAAGGCCUCCUGGAGUCAACCUCUGAUUUUUCGGGAGCUGAAUUAGUCUAUUACCAUAUACUCUUACCAGCCUGUAGAGGCAAAAGUCAAACUACAAAUAAACCCAGUGAUAUUAUGUAGUUUUUACAUCUUCAAUUUUCUGGUCUCUCUCUCUCUCUCUCUCUCUCUCUCUCCUUGUUUAAUAUAUAAGCCCUAAUUUCUGUGUAUGUGAGUAAAACUGCAGCCUGAGUCAUUUAGGAAGUAAGCAUUGAAUUUUUUUAAUUAUAAAUAUAAUAGAUUAAAGCAGCACUCCCUAACAACUAAAAAGAGUUUUCUAUUACUUUAGAAUGUAACGGGGUUUGUCCUUAUUUUAUGUCCUGUAAAUUAUUAGUUGAAUACUGUUAGCAUUCCCAGAUAAUGCACACAUGAUUUCUGAAUGUUUCCUGUAAAUGACAAUCAAUGUUUAUGACUUUCCCUCCCUCAAUGCUGAACAAAUUAAAAGAAGAAAAAGAAAAAAGUC